GUGUCUCGGUGCUGCUUCUAAGCUCCCUGAAACCCGGUCCUGCUGGUAUUCCCGAAGCACCGCCAUUCCCUGUUCCCUUUGAACUGAUACUGUCGCCAUGACCGCCAAAGACCCUGGACACUUGGAGAACCUCUCGGAUGAGCAGCAGCAGGCUCUGCGGCAGAUGUGGGCCCAGCUCUUCGACGCCCUCGAGAAGGCCUCGGCACACAACAGCGAAACCUCGACCCAGGAGAUCGCCGAGGAUGCCAAGCUCGAAGCGGCCGAGGCCAAGGCUCCCAAGAGCUUGAUAGCGAGUGUGUUCCGGUCUCGUCGCAACGACGACUCUUCCCGCUCAGGCACCUCAGGGCGAUCCAAGAGCACAACGAGAAAGGCCGACGAAGUCGACUCGUUUCCUGUUCCCAAGGCCACGCUGCUCGAGGAGCUCUUUCUGCUCGUGGCCUACGACAACCCCGACGCCAUGGUGCUCCGUUUCCUGCGUGCCCGCAAGUGGGACGUUGACGCUGCCAUCGCCAUGCUGAUGCAAUGCAUCCGCUGGCGGAUCGAGUUUGGCGUGCGCUCGAUCAUGGAGGGCGGCGAGAGCCUCGUUUCCGUGACCGAGCUGAGCGCCGGAAAGGGAUAUUUCCGUGGAUACGACAUGAAGGAUCGACCUUGCGUGUUUGUGCGGCCUCGGCUGCAUAUGAAGGACGACUGCGACCUCGCCGCACUGGAGAAGUUUGUGGUGCUGACAAUCGAGUCUGGACGAAACAUGCUCAAGUAUCCCGUCGAGACGAUCUGCCUGGUCUUUGACAUGACGGAUUUCGGCCUGAGAAACAUGGACUACAAGCUUGCCAAGUUCAUGACCUCCUGCCUGGAGGCCUACUAUCCCGAGUCGCUCGGAGUGGCGCUGAUUGUGAAUGCCCCCUGGAUAUUCAACGGUUGCUGGACUAUCAUCCAGCCAUGGCUUGAUCCCGUCGUUGCGUCCAAGAUCCACUUUGUCAAGGCUGCCGAGCUGGCCGAUUACAUUCCGCUGAGCAACUUGCCCGCCGACCUCGACGGCCAAGACGACUAUGUGUUUGCAUACGUUCCCGCGAGCGAGAGUGAACUCAAGACCGUGCAAGAGCUUCGUGCGGACACGAGCACCAAGGCCCUGCGACACCAGGAGUGGAUGAUGGAUAUUCAUGCAUUCAUGAAGAUCACGCAAGAAUGGAGUGCCUCGACCCAGGAGGACACAGUCAAGAGUCUAAGUGUCGAACGAAGUCUGGCCUCGGAGCGAGUCCGGAUGACAUUCACGGCCCUUGUUCCGUUCAUCAGGUCCAAGACGUACCUCCACCGCACCGGCACUGUCCACGAGGCCGGGAUCACAUAUUGAUACUGUGGGAACGGGCUGCUGUCACGAAUACAAGGCUUGUCCAAAACGAAGCGAAGCGCCCUGUUUGAGCCAGGGCAGUUGCUUCUCUGGGCCCCGAAUACACAUCCAUUCAUUCGUCCUCCAUGACCUAGUGCAUUCAUGGUGCCUGGAGGCCAAGUGGCUCGUUCGACCCGAUCAUCUCGA